GUUCAGGCUGCUUCUCUUUUAGCUUCUUUCUUAUUCACAUUCACUCUCACCCACGAACCUUCCCCUUCUUCCUACAUAAACACCUCUCUCUCCUUCACAUCCCAAACAUUUCACAAAAGAAUCACAUAAACAAAAAAAAAAACAAAAGAGAUAACUUUUUCUUUCACUGAAUCAAAUCAUUGGGGGAAGAAAAGAUUGAAUCCAAGAGAUUGAAACACCCACUGUGAAUAUGAUGGAGGUUUCGUGUUUUCUGCUAAUCCCUUCUUCCUUAUCUCCAAAGGUAUCAUCUGGGCUUGAUCUCUUCCGGUUCUAAUUAGGAUUGUUUGUUGUGAGAGUUUGAUGUCAUUGGAAAAAGGAGGAAACUUUGAAUUCCAAUGUAUAUUUCAAGGAUGGGUCUGAGUCGGAUUUUCCCGCCGCUUUCUGGGGGUUAUCAGGAAAUUCUAGGGUUAGGGUUGGAUAUCGUCUUUCUCUAGCGUCUUCCGAGAUUCGAAUUAGGGGUUUUUGGAUCUCAAUUUCAUGGCUAAUUGGGAGAUCUGGGAUUUGGGAGAUUGAAAUUUUACAUUUUGAUUUUUAAAAAAAAAACAAGAAGACUCGAUUCGAUUUCGUGUUAUUGUGAAAUGAAAGGUUCGAUUCUCAUGUCGAUGGAGAAUCACCACCCUUCAACGCUCUUAUCCAUGGACUCUAGUGGCUCCUCUCACGAAGAACUCGAUCUCGACAUGAACAACGUCACUCUCUACAACCCACCAGACAUCAACCUCCCCUUGUCCGUAGGAAGAAGCUCUCCCACUUGGAACUUAGACUCUUGCGACAACAUCCUAGACGUUGGCCUUAGCUCACAUGUCUACGAGACAGAGACGUUCCUCAACGUGGCUCCAAGUAAAGUCACUAAGAAAUGCUUGAAACGUGGUGAUAGCAUGUGGGGAGCUUGGUUCUUCUUCAGCUCCUACUUCAGACCGGCUUUGAACGAGAAGUCAAAGUCUAAAGUCGUUAAGGCAACUACUGAUACUGGAGGAGGAUGCUUUACAGGGUUUGAUAAGUCUGAUCUCAAGCUCGAUGUGUUUCUUGUUCAGCAUGAUAUGGAGAACAUGUAUAUGUGGGCUUUUAAGGAUAAACCUGAGAAUGCUCUCGGGAAAAUGCAGCUGAGAAGUUAUAUGAACGGGCAUUCUCGUCAAGGAGAGCGUCCGUUUCCCUUUAGCGCGGAGAGAGGGUUUGUUAGGUCUCACAGGAUGCAGAGGAAGCAUUACAGAGGACUCUCUAAUCCUCAGUGUCUUCACGGGAUAGAGUUUGUGCCUUCACCGAGUCUGUUGUGUGUUAGUGAAGAAGAUAAGAAGAGGUGGAUGGAGCUAACGGGUAGAGAUUUGAAGUUCACUAUCCCUCCUGAUGCUAGUGAUUUCGGUUCUUGGAGGAACCUUCCCAACACAGAUUUCGAGCUCGAGAGACAGCCUGCAAAACCGGCGGUAAACAACGCCAAGAAGAUCCUUAAUGGUUCGGGGUUACAUUUGACAAACAACGCUUCUUUCAGCAGCAAUGGUGAUUCAUCAGAUCAAUCUCCAGGUGGAGUAGGAGGCAACGUUAAUAAUAAGAAGAGAAAAGAGUUCUUAUCUCCGGGGAGCAGCGAAGAAGAAUGUUGCUUGACUGUGAACAACGUUGAGACCCAGCCUGGUUGGGUAAAGGACUUCACUGGAGUGAUGAAGAACGUUCACGGGCCCGCGACUGCAGCCAAAACCAUCUACGAAGACGAAGAAGCUUACCUGAUCGUGAUAACUUUACCAUUUGUGGAUUUAAACAGCGUCAAGGUUUCAUGGAGGAACAGCAUCACUAACGGAAUCGUCAAGGUCACGGGAUCAAGCACGUCGAGGGCUCCUUUGGUUAAGAGGAGGGAGCGUACUUUCAAGCUGGUUGAUCAGACGGCUGAGCAUUGUCCUCCUGGGGAGUUCAUGAGGGAGAUACAGUUGCCAAAUCGGAUUCCGGAAGAAGCAAACAUUGAAGCGUAUUUUGAUGGGACAGGGCCGGUUCUUGAGAUUCUUGUGCCGAAGUUGAGGGGAGGAGUGGAGGAAGAACACGAGGUUAGAGUUUGUCUACGGCCACAACUCCACAUGGGAGGAGGAGCAGGCGAGCUUAAGUUGACGUGAUGAAAGAUGUUUUUAUGUACUCUGUAGAGAAGCAUUUGUGUACAAUGAUGGGAAAUAAGCAAAAGCAGAAGUGCAAUCCCCCAAGUGUAACAUUUUCACAUUUUAUUUUGGUCAUAGUGUAAUUUUCACACUUUGUUAUGUUUGGUUUAUGUACUUCCAUUUUAAAAGAUCACAUUAGUUGAAGAUUUGUCAGUAGCUUUAUUUUAGAGAAAG